AGGUGCUUUUCCGACGGGAUACAAUAACCGCUUGUAACCUGCACAGUCUCAAACAGAGUACGGAGAAGAGCAACGAUCGGUAGUUGAGAUCUGUCGCGUGCACAGAAGAACCACACCAGAACCGGACAGAAAAAAAACAACUCAAAACCUGUCAGACCAUUGGAGAAGUGAACUCGAACGAGCCUGAGAGAAAACGGAGCCUUUGUUUUCAGAAGCAGCGGGGAGCCGAACCGGAGGAAAGAUGAUGAGUUUUCUGCCAUACUUCUCCGCUGAGACCUGGACCCUCCUGGCCCUCCUCAUCACCCUCAUUGUAGUGUAUGGGUACUGGCCCUAUGGUGUGUUCACUAAGAUGGGUGUCCCUGGUCCCAAACCCCUACCUUACUUUGGCACAAUGAUGGAAUAUAAAAAGGGUUUCACUAACUUUGACACAGAGUGCUUUCAGAAGUAUGGGAAAAUCUGGGGGAUCUAUGAUGGGAGGCAGCCUGUUCUGUGUAUCAUGGACAAAAGCAUGAUCAAGACCAUCCUGAUUAAAGAGUGUUACAACAUCUUCACCAACCGCAGAAACUUCCAUCUGAACGGCGAGCUGUUUGAUGCGGUGUCCGUUGCCGAGGACGAUACAUGGAGACGGAUCCGCAGUGUCCUCUCACCUUCCUUUACCUCUGGACGACUAAAAGAGAUGUUUGGUAUAAUGAAGCAGCACUCUUCUACCCUGCUGAGCGGAAUGAAGAAGCAGGCAGAUAAAGACCAGACCAUCGAACUGAAAGAGUUUUUUGGGCCCUACAGUAUGGAUGUGGUCACCAGCACAGCCUUCAGUGUGGACAUUGAUUCUCUGAACAACCCUUCAGACCCAUUUGUCUCCAACGUUAAGAAGAUGCUCAAGUUUGACCUGUUCAACCCACUGUUCCUCCUAGUCGCUUUGUUUCCCUUCACUGGUCCUAUCAUGGAGAAGAUGAAGUUUUCUUUCUUCCCGACUGCGGUGACAGACUUCUUUUACGCCUCGCUGGCUAAGAUCAAAUCUGGACGUGACACUGGGAACUCAACUAGUCGGGUGGAUUUCUUACAACUGAUGAUCGACUCUCAGAAAGGAAGCGACACAAAGACAGGAGAGGAACAGACUAAAGGACUGACUGAUCAUGAGAUCUUGUCUCAGGCCAUGAUCUUCAUCUUCGCCGGCUACGAGACCAGCAGCAGUACUAUGAGUUUCCUGGCCUAUAACCUGGCAACCAACCCCCAUGUCAUGACCAAACUGCAGGAGGAGAUAGAUACUGUGUUCCCCAACAAGGCUCCAAUCCAGUACGAAGCUCUGAUGCAGAUGGACUAUUUGGACUGUGUGUUGAACGAGUCUCUGAGACUGUACCCCAUCGCCCCGCGACUGGAGAGGGUCGCCAAGAAGACGGUGGAGAUCAACGGCAUCAUCAUCCCCAAAGACUGCGUUGUCAUGGUUCCCACGUGGACCCUCCACCGUGACCCAGAGAUCUGGUCCGACCCUGAGGAGUUCAAACCAGAGAGGUUCAGUAAGGAGAACAAGGAGUCCAUUGAUCCGUACACGUACAUGCCGUUUGGGGCGGGGCCCAGGAACUGUAUCGGGAUGCGCUUCGCCCUGAUCAUGAUCAAACUGGCCAUGGUCGAGAUCCUCCAGAGUUUCACUUUCUCCGUCUGCGACGAGACCGAGAUCCCGUUGGAGAUGGACAUCCAGGGUCUGCUGAUGCCAAAACGACCAAUCAAACUGAGGAUGGAGCCCCGUAGCAACACCCCUAGCAACACCACUGCCACCUCUCCAACAACAUGACCGGAUGCAGGAGCACCCUACCCUUCUCUCUCUCUCUCUCUCUCUCUCUCUCUCUCUCUCUCUCUCUCUCUCUCUCUCUCUCUCUCUCUCUCUCUGUCUCUGUCUCUGUCUCUGUCUCUGUCUCUGUCUCUGUCUCUCUCUGUCUCUGUCUCUGUCUCUCUCUCUCUCUGUCUCUCUCUCUGUCUCUCUCUCUGUCUCUCUCUCUCUCUCUCUCUCUCUCCCCCUCUCUCCCCCCUACACACAAAAGGGCUAUACUACAGACAGAAAUACUCCUCACCCCGCUAAUGAUCCUGGGCUGGUGUGGUUACAUGUGGUCUGCGGUCGUGAGGCCGGUUGGACGUACUGCCAAAUUCUCUAAAACAACGUUGGAGGCGGCUUAUGGCAAAGAAAUGAACAUUAAAUUCUCUGGAAAUAGCUCUGGUGUACAUUCCUGCAGUCAUCAUGCCAAUUGCUGACUGUGGCAUUGCGAUAUGUGUUGUGUGACAAAACGGCACAUUUUAGAGUGGCCUUUUAUUGUACAUGGUGUAAUGAUCAUGAUCAUGCUGCUUAAUCAGUUUCUUGGUAUGCCACACCUGUCAGGUGGAUGGACUAUCUUGACAAAGGAUGAAAUGCUCACCAACAAGGAUGGAAACAUUUGUGGACAACAUUUUAGGGAAACAGGCUUUUUGUGCGUAUGGAACAUUUCUGGGAUCUUUAAUUUCAGCUCAUGAAACAUUUUUGUUCAACAGCCUCACUAUCUAUCUAUCUAUCGAUCGGCUACUGAAUAUUCAGUCCUUAUCCUGCUAUAUGCUACUGAAUAUUCAGUCGUUAUCCUAACCCUGCUAUAGGCUACUGAAUAUGCAGUACUUAUCCUAACCCUGCUAUAGGCUACUGAAUAUUCAGUCCUUAUCCUGCUAUAUGCUACUGAAUAUUCAGUCGUUAUCCUAACCCUGCUAUAGGCUACUGAAUAUGCAGUACUUACCCUAACCCUGCUAUAGGCUACUGAAUAUUCAGUCCUUACCCUUCUAUAGGCUGCUGGAUAUUCAGUUCUUACCCUAACCCAGCUAUAAGCUACUGAAUAUUCAGUCCUGACCCUGCUAUAAGCUACUGAAUAUUCAGUCCUGACCCUGCUAUAGGCUACUGAAUAUUCAGUCCUUACCCUUCUAUAGGCUGCUGGAUAUUCAGUUCUUACCCUAACCCUGCUAUAAGCUACUGAAUAUUCAGUCCUGACCCUGCUAUAGGCUACUGAAUAUUCAGUCCUGACCCUGCUAUAGGCUACUGAAUAUUCUGGCUGGGAUUCAAUAGGCUACUUAAUAUAAUAUGAUAAUUAGACUGCAUUCACAAUGAAUGUUCAGUUCAGUCAGUUCAAUCAUAAAUUAAUUCUGGUCUCAGUUUGAGUAGGACUCAGAAACCCAUUUCCACCAGAUGAAAGAAAGAUAGUAAUACUAUGGAUGCAUUAGGGGUACAUGUCUUGUUAAAGUUAGACACCAGGAGGUAUUAAAUCCAUGGCAUGAUGUCAUGUCUGGAUCCUGCACACUACUGGCUGGUGGCUGGAAUUCUCCUAGAAUGUAGAACUCUAGCUGGUGUUCUGUAGAACUCUCAUUCUGUUCCUCUGGGGGUUCUGCUGUCCAGUCAUUCCAAAAUAGAAUCUUUACUGUCUGUUGAGAUGAUCCCUGCAGCUGCUUUGCUUCAACUUUAAUCAUCACAAACCAAUAAAAAUCAUCACACUAA